AUGGAAGUAGCACGCUCUAACUCUGGAAUUCACAUUUAUCAGCGGAAGUACACCAUGGACCUUCUCAGAGAUUUUGGUUAUCUAGAUUGCAAGCCUCUCUCUACUCCAUUUGAUUAUAGUCAGAAACUCUCAAAGGAAUCAGGUACCAUUUUAACAGAUAACACUGUUUACAGACAGCUCAUCGGCCGACUCCUUUACCUCACAAACACUAGACCCGAUAUCUCUUAUGCUGUGGGACAUUUGAGCCAAUUUUUGGACUGUGCAACCACUUCUCACCUACAGGCUGCUUUUCGUGUACUCCGAUAUUUAAAAGGCCGACCUGCAACUGGUCUCUUCUUCUCCUCUACUUCUAAUCUGCAUCUCACUGGAUUUACCGACGCUGACUGGGCUACCUGUGCUGAUACUCGUCGCUCCGUUUCCGGUUAUUGCUUCAUGCUUGAGAACUCGCUCAUUAGCUGA